AUGCGCUCCUCUGCGACUCGGCUGUUCCGCGUUGUCGUCCUUGGAGCCGCUGGCGGCAUCGGCCAGCCCUUGUCGCUCCUUCUAAAGUGCAGCCCUCUAGUGACGAGUCUUUCGCUCUACGACAUUCGCGGCGGACCAGGCGUGGCUGCGGACCUCUCCCACAUUACGUCACCGGCAGAGGUGUCCGGGUUUUCCUCAGGUGAGCUGGAGAAAGCCGUGAAGGGAGCGGACUUGGCGCUGGUGGUGGCUGGCAUCCCACGCAAACCUGGGAUGACACGCGACGACCUCUUCCACACGAACGCCAGCAUCGUGCGCGAUCUCGCCAUCGCCGUUGGCACGCACGCGCCGAAGGCAAUCGUUGGUAUCAUCACGAACCCGGUCAACAGCACUGUGCCCGUGGUCGCGGAGACCCUGUGCAAGCUCGGCGUGUACGAUCCUGCGCGCCUCUUUGGCGUUACCACACUCGACGCUGUCCGUGCCCGCACCUUCGUCGCAGAGGCGCUCGGCGCAAGCCCGUACGACGUUGACGUCCCUGUUAUUGGCGGGCAUAGCGGUGAGACGAUUGUGCCGCUGCUCUCGGGCUUCCCGUCGCUGUCGGAGGACCAGGUGCGGCAGCUGACGCACCGCAUUCAGUUCGGUGGUGACGAGGUGGUGAAGGCCAAGGAAGGUGCGGGCUCGGCGACGCUGUCCAUGGCGUACGCGGCCUCGGAAUGGUCCAUCUCGAUGCUCAAGGCUCUUCGUGGUGACAAGGGCAUUGUCGAGUACGCUCUUGUGGAAAACGACACGCAGAAGCCCCACUCUCGCUUCUUUGGAUGCGCAGUGGAACUUGGCACGCACGGCGUAGAGCGUGUGCUGCCGAUGCCGACGCUGAACGCCUACGAGCAGCAGUUGCUGGACGCGUGCGUUCCUGCGCUCAGCGCUGAGCUCCGCAAGGGGGUCGACUUUGCCGUAAAGUCGCACCUCUCACAGGACAGUUGA